CAGCCACUGCUCGUCCACCUCAACGGCGACACGACGUGGCUGCUCCAGGUGCCCGUGCCCACACAGCAACAACAACAACAACAACAGCAACAACUGUCAUCUCCUUCCCAUGGCAGGUCACACUUCAACAUCCUGCUCGACCCGUGGUUGCAGGGCCCCCAGUCCGACGUCGCCAGCUGGUUCUCGACCCAGUGGCACGUCGUCGCCCCUUCGGUCCAGACCAUAGCUGAGCUCCAGGCCAUCCUGGGCCAGCUCGAGACGAGGGGGGACGACGACACCAGUGACAACAACUCGUCGUCAUACAUUGACGCCGUCGCCAUCUCGCACGAGUUUACAGACCACUGCCACGAGGCCACCCUGCGCGAGCUGCCCCCAGCCACCCCCGUCUUCGCGACAGAUAAGGCCGCAGACCUCAUCCGCUCUUGGAAGCACUUUGACACCGUCGUCACCACGCCAGGCUAUUCCUUUGCAUCGUCCUCUGAUGAUGGCGAUGACAACUCCUCCGCAAAAGAGGACUGGCACCAGGUCCUCAGCGUGGCCCCGCUGCCGCCGUGGCUCGGCAUCGGCAGGGUCGUGACCCCGGGCAACUCGCUCUACUACCACUCGGCCGUCGUCGUCCAACACCAAAACCACCCAGCAGAAGCAGUCAUCUACUCCCCGCACGGCAUCAGCCCCUCCGACCUCGCCGGCCUGGGGGCCGCCAGGAACUCUCGUCAGAUCAGCACCCUGGCCCUGCUGCACGGCCUGCACGACGUCCGCAUCUGGAUGACCAAGCAGCUCAACCUGGGCGCGCACAACGGGCUCGGCGCGGUCCGCUCCUCGGGGGCCAGGUACUGGGUCGCCACGCACGACGAGGUGAAAACUGGGGGUGGGUUCAUCGCGCCGCUGCUGAGGAGGGUGCAGUGGACGGUGGGGGACGCGGUGGCGGCGGCUGUUGGGCGUGGGCACGGUGAUAAGGGUGACGGGUAUCUGUUUGUUGAGCUCGGCUCUGGAGACGGGCUGGUGCUC